AUGGGUCUCUUCAAGCGCAAGGAAUCGCGAUCGUCGCAGUCCGACAGAGAUGGGGAUGAAUCGUUCAUUUCCAGUACCAGCGCUCGAAACUCGAGUGCUUCCCUCAAAUCUUCCAAUACUGGCUACAAAUCAAGUGGCUUGCCUGCUCCUAUCCCCGAAAUGCCUAUCGCGAGACCACCCGAUCCAGCACUAGACCCCGCCGCGUAUCUACGAAGCAUUCACGCCGUGCGUGAACGAGCCAACCUCAUUCUUCGCAGAGCCAAACGUAAUAAGCUGCACCAUUUCGACGUCGACAUGUCCAAGUUUGCUGCUACUGCUUCAUACAUUGUGUCAAUCAUCAAGCGAGACUAUGCGCCGGACUAUAAAAGUAUCCCACCGCAUGGCCGUUGGCAGCAUUUCGAUGUGGGCGGCCGUCCCCGUAUCAGCCAGCUCCUGCAGUCAUGGCCCAGUCGAAUUGAUGCGCAGGAGCGCACGCGACGCUUGAUCGAUCUGUUUGUCGUCUCAGUCUUGCUCGAUGCUGGCGCAGGAACCAGAUGGUCUUAUCGCUCUAAAGAAUCUGGCAGGGUCUACACGCGCAGUGAGGGUCUUGCCGUCGCCAGUCUGGAGAUGUUCAAGUCGGGUCUUUUCAGCAGUGACCCGACAGAGCCAUGCCAGGUGGAUGGAGCUGCUUUGCAGAGAAUGACAGUCGACAAAUUGGCCAAGGGCAUGCAACACUCCGAGCAGAAUUGCCUAGCUGGCAUUGAAGGUCGCGCCGGCUUAUUGGUGCGACUGGCAGAUGCCCUUAACAACCAAGACUUGUUCGGUGUAGACGCUCGACCAGGAAACAUGCUAGAUUACAUUCUCGGCCAUCCGUCAACUCUCGCUUCUUCCGUCCCCAUCGUUCCCAUCACCACUCUAUGGAGUGUUCUCAUGGACGGCUUUGCCUGCAUCUGGCCCCCGUCGCGAACUCAGAUUGACGGAGUGUCGAUAGGCGACGCUUGGGAAUGCUCUGAUCUUCCAAGAUCUCCGCCCGCCCAACCAUGGGAGAGCAUUAUGCCAUUCCACAAAUUGACACAGUGGCUCUGCUACUCCGUCAUGGUUCCAAUGAACAAAUUGAUGAACAUUCACUUUGCUGGCAGCGAUUUGCUGACCGGACUCCCCGAGUACCGCAAUGGUGGUCUUAUCAUUGACAUGGGAUUGAUAACUCUAAAAGAAAAGGACAUGGCGCGGGGUGUCGCGGCCUUCAAGGAUAAUGCCCAGAUCAAGGGUCAACCUAAUAUGGAGGUGGUUCCACUGUUCAGCACGGACGACGAUGUGAUCGUGGAGUGGCGGGCCGUAACCGUGGGCUUCUUGGAUGAGUUGCUUCAUGAGGUCAAUGGCCAAUUGGGUCUCAUUGGUGCUGAUCAAUUGUCACUGGCCCAAAUGCUGGAGGCUGGAUCCUGGAAGGGUGGUCGUGAAAUUGCCGAGGUUUCGAGGCCAAAUACCAAGGAACCACCCAUUAUGAUCCGUUCCGAUGGAACAGUUUUUUAA